AUGUCGAGAAUACUACACAAUCGUAUGAGAGCAUCACUUAAAAAAUCAACACAAUGGACUGUAGUGGACAAAAGAGCAGUUGCAUUCUCAGUCUGGACUGGCCGCAGUGUCCUACUCCACAAACCUAUAGACACCAGCCAUGUGCAGAGAAGACGGUAUGGCAUGCUUGUGGCCCGUGCAGUCAGAGGAGUGUUGAAGAUUAGAUACCUGCUGCUCGGAGGAGCCGUAGGAGGCGGAAUGACUUUAAAUAAGAAAUACUCUGAAUGGAAGGAUGGCCUUCCAGACAUGGGUUGGCUGAAUGAACUUCUCCCAGAUAAUGAUAAAUGGGAUCAGUUCACCACAACUCUAAUUGAGGCUAAAGAGAAGAUUUCAGACCAGUUGCAAAUUGAUCCGCGCCUGCGGGACAUGGGGAUUGCGAGAGCGUCCGAGCUCCGGGAGUGGCUGUCGCAGAGGUACGAAGAUGCUGUUGCUGCUGCUGCUGUCACCGAUUCCUCCAGUCUAGAGCAACCGGCGAAGAUAGUGAAUAACUUGCAGAGCAAGCCGCAACCUGUCGCCCAGAGAUCUACUGACGACAACAGCAGCUAUGAGAAACGUGUGCACGUUCUCCAGGAAGAGGUGCUCGCUUUACAAGCACGCUACCAGAGAGAGUUGCAGAGACUAGAGCAAGAGAAUCGGGAACUGAGACAACAGAAUAUGCUCCUGAGGCAAGGACGACAACCGUCUACUAGGAAAAUGAAGCGUUCCCUAAUCGACAUGUACUCGGCGGUGUUAGACGAGCUGUCAGGUUGGGACGCUGGUGAGACGGAUCGUCUACCAAGAGUGGUGGUAGUAGGCGACCAGUCCGCCGGUAAGACCUCCGUGCUGGAGAUGAUAGCACAGGCCAGGAUAUUCCCGAGGGGGGCUGGAGAAAUGUGUACGAGAGCUCCAGUCAAGGUGACGCUCUCAGAAGGUCCGUACCACGUGGCACAGUUCAGAGAUUCUGCGCGGGAGUUUGAUCUCAAUAAAGAGUCUGACUUAGCAGAUCUGAGAAAGGAGGUGGAGCUGCGCAUGCGCAACAGCGUGCGCGGGGGCCGCACGGUGUCGAGCGAGGUGAUCUCCAUGGCCGUCAAGGGGCCCGGCCUGCAUCGCAUGGUGCUCGUUGACCUGCCCGGCGUCAUCUCGACUCAGACGGUGGAUAUGGCGUCAGACACUCGGGAUGCCAUCAAACAGAUGACUAUGAAGUAUAUGGACAAUCCCAACGCUAUCAUAUUAUGUAUACAGGACGGGUCGGUGGACGCGGAGCGCAGCAACGUGACGGACCUGGUGUCGUCGUGCGACCCCUCGGGGAAGAGGACCAUCUUCGUGCUCACCAAGGUCGACCUGGCCGAGGAGAACCUCGCCAACCCCAAUAGGAUCCGCCGCAUCUUGGAAGGCAAGCUGUUCCCGAUGAAGGCGCUGGGCUACUACGCCGUGGUCACGGGCCGCAGUCGCAAGGAUGACUCCAUACAGAACAUCCGGGAGUACGAGGAACGGUUCUUCAGAUCCUCUAAACUAUUCAAAGACGGUCUGGUGACCCCAUCGCAAGUGACGACCCGCAACCUGUCCCUGGCCGUGGCGGACUGCUUCUGGCGCAUGGUGAGAGCUUCCGUGGAGCAGCAGGCUGACGCCUUCAAGGCCAUGAGGUUCAACCUGGAGACUGAGUGGAAGAACACUUUCCCGAGACAGCGCGAGCUGGACCGCGACGAGCUGUUCGAGCGCGCGCGCGCCGAGCUGCUGGACCAGUCGGCCGAGCUGUCGGCCGUGGCCGCCAACGUGUGGGAGCUGCGCCUGCAGCACGCGCUGUGGCAGGCCGCCGCCGAGCGCGUGUUCGGCAACAUCUACCUGCCCGCCGCCGCCACCGCGCACGCCGACGUCGCCCUAGUUCCCCGACAAGUGAAGUGCAACACGGCAGACGGUAACCAAUCCACAAUAUGGCUGGACCCGUACGACUUUGACAACAAUAAAUUCAACACCGCCGUUGACAUAAAACUCCGCGAGUGGGCAGAAGCUGAGCUACCUACCACCUCGAUCAGAGCCGGUCGUGAAGCUUUGAGGGAAGAGUUCACGGAUCUCAUGUCCAGGGCUCAGGACUCGGACCCUGUGUAUGAGCCUGUGAAGAAGGAGGCUGUAGAAGAGGCGUUGAGAAGGCAUCAGUGGGAGGACAGAGCGCAGGAUGUGCUCCGGGUCUUACAGCUGAACGCUCUUCAAGACCGCUGCGUGUCGUCGCGCCAGGACUGGGACGCGGCCGUCACGCUCAUGGACAGCGCUGUCAAGGAGAGGCUCGACUUGGUCAACAAGGAGCUCAAGGAUCUCACAGGCCCCGGGCUGAAGGAGCGCUGGCUGUACUGGCAGGCCAGCUCGGACGAGCAGGCUCGGCGCGGCGAGGUGCGGGGCGAGCUGGAGCGCCUGGGCGUGGCGCGGCCCGCGCUGGCCUACGACGAGGUGGUGGCCGUCAGGGACAACCUGCGCCGCCGCGGCAUCGACGUCGACAACGACUACAUACGGGAGACGUGGAAACCGGUCUACCUCAGGAACUUCCUACUGCGCGCCCAGACACGCGCGCGCGACUGUCGGAAGAGCUUCUACCUGUACAGCCAACAGAACGGGAACGGGAAAGAAUGCUGCGAGGUGGUGAUGUUCUGGCGCGUACAGCAGACCCUCAGGACCACGGCCAACGCGCUGCGACAACAGAUCGGGAACCGGGAGGCCAACAGGCUUGACCGGGAACUUAGGGAAGUUUUGGAUGAGAUGGCAGCUGAUCCUGAACUAAAGAAGAAGCUGCUAUCAGGGAGGAGAGUAGAACUAGCAGAAGAAUUAAAGAGAGUAAGACAAGUGCAAGAGAAAUUAGAAGAGUUCAUAGAGGCGCUCAACAAAGAGAAAUAA